UAUAUCCCCUCUACACUCUCUCUCUCUCUUUCUCUCUACCUUGUAUCUUUCUUCUUCUUCAUCAGCAUCAUGGCUUUGUCGGUAGAGAAAACCACAACUGGCCGUGAGUACAAGGUCAAGGACCUUUCUCAGGCCGACUUUGGUCGCCUUGAGAUCGAGCUCGCUGAGGUCGAGAUGCCGGGCCUUAUGGCCUGCCGGGCCGAGUUUGGCCCGGCCCAGCCCUUCAAGGGUGCCAGGAUCACCGGCUCACUCCACAUGACCAUCCAAACCGCCGUCCUCAUCGAAACCCUAACCGCGCUCGGCGCCGAGGUUAGAUGGUGCUCCUGCAACAUCUUCUCCACUCAGGACCACGCCGCCGCCGCCAUAGCUCGCGACAGCGCCGCCGUCUUCGCCUGGAAGGGAGAGACCCUCCAGGAGUACUGGUGGUGCACCGAACGCGCCCUUGACUGGGGUCCCGGCGGCGGACCUGACCUCAUCGUCGACGACGGAGGCGACGCCACGUUGCUCAUCCAUGAGGGUGUUAAGGCCGAGGAGCUCUUCGAGAAAACGGGUCAGGUGCCCGACCCGGCUUCAACGGAUAACGCUGAGUUUCAGAUCGUGCUUACCAUCAUCAGGGAUGGGCUGAAGACCGAUCCUAAGAGGUACCGUAAGAUGAAGGAGAGGCUCGUUGGGGUUUCUGAAGAGACUACCACUGGAGUUAAGAGGCUUUAUCAGAUGCAAGCUAAUGGAACUCUCUUGUUCGCUGCUAUCAAUGUUAAUGACUCUGUCACCAAGAGCAAGUUUGACAACUUGUAUGGCUGCCGUCACUCCCUCCCUGAUGGGUUGAUGAGGGCCACCGAUGUUAUGAUUGCUGGGAAGGUUGCUGUUGUUUGUGGGUACGGAGAUGUUGGCAAGGGUUGUGCUUCUGCCUUGAAGCAAGCUGGGGCUCGUGUGAUUGUGACUGAGAUUGAUCCUAUUUGUGCCCUUCAGGCUCUCAUGGAAGGUCUUCAGGUUCUGACCCUUGAAGAUGUUGUGGCUUAUGCUGAUAUCUUUGUUACCACCACUGGUAACAAGGACAUUAUCAUGGUUGACGACAUGAGGAAAAUGAAGAACAAUGCCAUUGUUUGCAACAUUGGUCACUUCGACAAUGAAAUUGACAUGCUUGGGCUUGAGAAUUACCCUGGCGUGAAGCGCAUCACCAUCAAGCCUCAAACCGACAGGUGGGUUUUCCCUGAGACCAAGACUGGCAUCAUUGUCUUGGCAGAGGGUCGUUUGAUGAACUUGGGUUGUGCCACAGGGCAUCCCAGUUUUGUCAUGUCAUGCUCUUUCACAAACCAGGUCAUUGCUCAGCUUGAGUUGUGGAAGGAGAAGGCUACUGGCAAGUAUGAAAAGAAGGUUUAUGUUUUGCCUAAGCAUCUUGAUGAGAAGGUGGCUGCACUCCACCUUGGCAAGCUUGGUGCUAAGCUCACAAAGCUUUCCCAAUCACAGGCUGAUUAUAUCAGUGUGCCCGUUGAGGGUCCUUACAAGCCUGCUGCCUACAGGUACUGAGAUGAUAAUCAAGGGGUGAUGAGAUCUAGGGAAAAGAAAAACUGUUUUAUGCAUCGGCUUGAUUGGUUCUCAUUUUCAUUUUCGGAUUUUUGUUAUUAGACUUUUGAGAUUUGUGGUGGAAGGAACUUUAGGUGUUUGAUUUUCCUAGAAUUUCUGUUCUGGUGGGUGGGUCAGGUAUGAGCAAGGCAAUCUAUUGGUUUCAAUGAGACCAAAUGGGUUUGAAUAAGGCUUUGGUCGGGGGCUGUGUGCAUUCUGAUUUGGUAGCUCAAAUUUGUGUUUC